CCCGCCUCGGCAGCCAAUGGAGUGGCGGAGUGGCGGCCGGACUCUCCUCCUCUCACCAUCCUCCUCCUCGCUCGCCCCGUGGCAGCGCCGCGUCCGUCCCGCCCGGUGCCGCGGCGCAGGCGGGCGGCUGCUGCUCCGGGCUGCGCUCCGUGUCCCCCGUGCCCCCCUUUUCCCUGCAGCAGCUGCUGCCUGACGGGCAUCGCCUUCCCCCGGUGCUCGUCGCUCUCCGAGCCAUGCUGCUCCUGGCGGUCGCCUUCAUCGUGGCCUUCGUCCUCCUCCUUUACAUGGUCUCGCCGCUCAUCAGCCCCAAGCCCCUCAAGCUGCCCGGCGCGCACGUCGUGGUAACUGGAGGGUCCAGUGGAAUUGGAAAAUGUAUUGCUAUUGAAUGUUACAAGCAAGGUGCUUUCAUAACCCUGAUUGCAAGGGAUGAGAACAAGCUGUUGCAGACAAAGAAGGAAAUAGAAAAGUAUUGUGUUAAUGACAAGCAGGUUGUACUAUGUAUUUCAGUUGAUGUAUCUAAAGACUAUGAACAGGUGGAGAAUGUUCUAAAACAGGCUCAGGAGAAGCUGGGGCCAGUUGACAUGCUUGUGAACUGUGCAGGAACAUCAGUUACAGGAAAAUUUGAGGAUAUUGAAGUGAAUUCUUUUGAAAGAUUAAUGGCAGUCAAUUAUCUGGGGAGUGUUUACCCCAGUCGAGCAGUAAUCGCUACCAUGAAGGAAAGAAGAAUGGGAAGGAUUGUGUUUGUAUCCUCUCAGGCUGGGCAGUUAGGCCUGUUUGGUUAUACAGCUUAUUCUCCAACAAAGUUUGCUCUUCGAGGAUUGGCUGAAGCCCUGCAAAUGGAGGUGAAACCAUAUAAUAUCUACGUAACGGUGGCCUAUCCUCCAGAUACUGACACACCUGGUUUUGCAGAAGAAAGUAAAACAAAGCCUUUAGAGACGAAGCUAAUUUCUGAAACCUCAUCUGUUUGCCAAGCAGAACAAGUCGCCAGAGUUAUAGUCAAAGAUGCCAUACAAGGGAACUUCAACAGCUCUGUUGGAUCAGAUGGUUACAUGCUAUCGAUACUGACAAGUGGAAUGUCACCAGUCACUUCUAUUACUGAAGGUCUUCAGCAGGUGGUUUGCAUGGGCAUUUUUCGCAUCGUUGGCCUGUUUUACCUAGGAAGUUUUGACAGCAUAGUUCGGCGCUGCAUGUUGCAAAGGGAAAAAUCUGAAAGUACAGAUAAAACUGAGUAAUCUUUACUUUGAAUUGAAAGAAGAAUGUCAAACAGUCCUGGACAGCUUGCUGCUUAAGUGGGACUCAUUUGUUUUUUUCUUCUGAAGGAUUUAGACUGGAAGUACUUGCAUACGUGACAGAUGAGUCCUAUCAAAAAGCUAUGAAUGAAAACAAAAGUACAACUCCAGAAAAUGCCAAACUAUGCAAAAGUGUGAACAAGGAUUAGACUUUUUUAUUUUGUGAUUUGAGUGGGAGAGGAUUUGAGGAACUUAUAAGUGACCUGCAGAGUAGAACGGACUGUGUGCGGUAAUUCUGGACAAAUGCUUACGUUUUCUCACUUUGGUGCUUGUGGACAAAAUAAGUACCGGGACAGAGUGGGCUGAAGUAGAUUAAAGUCCCCUGAACAAGUUGGUACCUUUUCUUGCUAACGUUUUGGGACUGGUUUUAAUUUCGAAUGUUAACUUUUCCUUUGGCCAAUCUACAGAUCCUCUGUCAAUGACAGCUUUCCUUAGUCUAUCCAACGUGCAACUGUGGAAACCUUAAGAUAGCAGGUACUUCUGUAUGAUCUGAGCUUUCUCAGUCUGGGAGUAAUUAAGAAGUAUGAUUUAAUAUAUGCAUACUUUUUAAAGGGAGAUGAAGAACCCGUUCCCACAGAGAAAUGCUUGGAGAUGCGAUCGGGUCUGUAGCUCCUCUGGCCUUUGAAGUAUAUUGUGAACAACAACAAUGAAAAUCAAACCAAUAUCAAGUGUGUUGAUUAUGACUUUGAGCAUUUUAAGCCAUUGAAACAACGUACAGUUUUUAUAGAUACUUUUCCUUAUCUGCCAGUUUUUCCACUGGAAAGGAAAAUAGCUUAAUGCUACUGUUAUGCACGUUAUUUUUCAAAGCUGCAAAUGAUGAGCCAAACCAGUAGUUGAGGAUAGAAUCAAUUGUAAUUAAAAUGCCAGGCUCUUUCAGUAGCAGGAAUGUAGCUUUUUGAGGCAGAGGGGUCAGGAGGGAAAGAGGAGUGUGUCAGAACAGCAUUCCGCACUUAAUUUUACCACUACACUGAAGAACUUUCACAUGGGAAGAAGUUAUUUCAAAUACUCUCCUUCCGCGCCCCACUUGUAAUUUGUUUCAUUUGCGUUCUAUGAAACAAGGCUGCUCAAUAACCACUGCAGAACACACAGAACCCAGUGAUUGUUCCUAAUAAAUCUUCACACUGAAAAAGCUUGAUGUGUAACAAUGAUGUUUUAAGGGUGCACUAUAUAAACUGUUUAUUUAAUGGACCACUAUAGCAAGUGCCUUGUGAGCUGCUUUUUUUUUCCCAAAAGCUGCAUAUUUUGUAUUUGUUAGCACUGCUCUGUUUUCAUUGUCAUCUUUGCCAUUCUCAGUCAGUACUCCGAAUCUAAAAUGACUCGUAGAACUGGACACGUUGACUUCCUUGAAAGUAGUGUUUAACAAUAAAAUAGGCCAAAUCCAUCCCUUUUUGUGGAGAUGUUCUGUCCAGGCAUUUAAGAAGAGGUAUUAAAUUAAAACCAAGAUGAAAAGUAAUAGGUGAUUAACUGAAAAACUUUUGAAAUGUAAUUUAUUGAGGCUAUUUAUUUUUCCUCUCUGAAUUCAGUCGAUCACCAUUCAGGUUUUCUUGGCAUAGAACAAACUUACUUUAGUACCUGGUUUACAAACAUAUUUUGGCGGGAGGAUCACGUUGCCACUCUCAUUUUGAGUAGUCAGACUUUCAUUAGAUUGCAAAACAUAGAGGCACUGAGGAAUUCUUCACAAAGCCUAUGUUUUGGGCCCUGCCUCCUAAUUUUCUUUAGAUGUGAAGUUGUGCAUGCCUAUAAUAUAAUACAAUACUAAUUUUGAGAACAGAGUGUACUCCUGCAUUUCCAAACAGCUGGGCUUCAGUGCAAACAAAUGUAGUGUGCAUACAUGUUUCCUGUGCUGCUUAAUGUGAAUGGCAUGAUGGAGCAUUUAUCAUACACCUGUUGUCAACAUCACCGUGUUCCUUAAAGCAGCAUAGCGAUUCUAUUUGGGCCCUGUCGUCUCUGUUAAAUCAUGUUUUGAUGCAAAUACUCCUUUGACCACCUGCAAGAGACAUCAAACAGGGUGAAUCGGGUGGGCAGUAGUUUGAAAAGUGCUCAUGUAAAUGGCUUGACAUCCUGAGCUUUGAAGGUCAGGACUUGAAACCAGUAACACUUUUGGAUACUUGAAUUUUUGGAUCUUGCACUUGAAAUGUUCAAGGGUUUGCAUUUAAGAAACAUAAUCUGGAAGGUCAGAAGGUACACAAGACACUAUGGCAGUUGGGCCUCUUUAAAGUACUUCAGGUUGGACAUCUUAGAUCACUAAUUGCUCUUUCUUAACUAGAGAGUCCUCCAAAUAAUGGCUGAUAGAAUUCAGUACACGUGUCUGUAAAGAAGGAGUUAAGAAUACUGGAUGAAAGUUAUGGCCCUGAUCUACAGAGACCUCACACCUGAUUUUUGUGUGGUGUAAGUGGUUGUGUUCAUAGUAAAACCGUAGGUGGAACCCCUCAGCAGUUGUGGGAACUGGAGCGAGGAAAGUUGUUUUUUCUGAAGGAACAAGUAAAAGAACCACCUUUUUCAAUGUUCUAGUUUCUGCUGCUGCAAGUUAACGCAGUUAACUUUAUCAGUUAAACUUUUCAACUGUUGUCAAAGCGCAGUAAACUGUCAACUGCAGCAACCUGUGGUGUAAAGUUUGUUUUCUUACGCACAUUCUCUGUUUACCUAUGUACCCAUUUUAAGGUCCAGUAUUAAGUGAAGGAAAAUGCCUUGUAAUCUUGUGGAAAAAUGUUUAGCAGCCAAAAAGAAAAUAUUUUGCCAGUUUAAAUGUUACAAAAAUCCUCUGCAUUGAAAUGUUUCAUCAAUGUAUUAGAUCUGUGAAGAAAUUCAACUACGCUUUGUUACUUUCCUGUCAAAUUGUCAAUAAUUUAAUCACUUGUGCCAUAUCAGUCCAUGCCUGGGUUUUUUUUCCCUCGUUUUCUUGUUCAGCCUUCAAGAUUCAAUUUGGGCUUUGAUAGUCUUUUCCAUUCCAUGUAGUUUCUAAUGACCAUCUGCUUUAAAUACGAACUUGUUGUAAUUUUACCUGUAGUUUACUUCACCGAGGUGUUCGUGUGCAAUUUAAAUAGAUUUAAUAUUUUACUAAGAGGAAAAAAAGAGAUAUAGGUAAAGAAACUUUAUUUGCUGUGAAAAACUCUAGGCACUUUUAAAUGGUAAAAAUAUAUAGCAUUAUUUGUACAAAAAAAAAAAGAAGAAACUUUGUGCUUAUUGCUUCAU